AUGAAGCCAUCUUCAUCGAAACAAAAUAAUCUGCUGAAUUUUUUCGCGAAAAGGAAUCCGCGAAAAGUAGAUGAUGAUUCUUGCGAAGUGCUUUUCGAAGGGCCACCCAAGAAGGCGACAAAAUGGGAUGAAUAUGUGCAGAAAAGUGGAGGGAACACAUCAACGGCAGAAGGUUGGGAGAAUCCGUGUAAUAUUCCGGUUGGCAGUAAGAGCAAUGAUACUUUGACGUGGGUUUUUUGAAUGAGGAAUUUGUGAAAAAAUAUUGUUUAGAGGGAAAAUAAUUUGUUUAAUAAUCAUCGUUUUUUUAGAAAACAAGCAUUGCUGGAAAAUGGUUUUGACGAAACAAUUGGAAACUUCAUAUAUUACCCGAUUGAUGAAAUUGUUCGACCUUUUGAACUCAAUCUGGUCCGAUGUGCUCUAUCUUCAAAUGUAUGUAUAGCUCUCCCAUCAACAGCUCCUUCUUCAACUCCGAGAAUUAUGUCAAUAACUGUGGCCAAUUUUUUGAAAUGGUUUCCCCGAUCUCGCGCACUUCUUCUAACUUAUUCCUCAACUUCUUCUGCAGAAUGGGUCGAAUCUUUGAAGCAUCUGGGAAUUGAAAGUUCAAUAAUUCCUUCUUCAUCGAAGAAAAAAGUGGAGCUGAAUCGAGUUAUUAUUUCUGCGAAUCCACAAGCUGUCAAGAAAUUUGUGGAUGCUGAAAAAGAGGUUUCGGAAGAUAUUCGAAUUUUGAUUUUAGAAUUGAAGGCGAACGAGUGUUGUAAUAAAUAUAAACCGCUAAUGAAUGAGUUGUUGGUUAGAGAUGUGAGUUUUUUUACAGGGAAGAGGGUAUUUUUUAUGAUGAACACAGUUGGCAAUAGCAGUAUUUUCUUGA